CAGAAUGGUUCAGAAAUACUGGACGUUUCUCACGUUGUUCCCACGUUUGCAAGUUUAAUAAUCAUCUGGUGUAGGGGGCACCUUUCUGCUCCAGCCUCCCUCAACGUUACCAUGAGAUGCUGGAGGGUAUCGGAGGAAGGUAUAACUGGAUGCACGUUUCCUCGUGGUUAUUCCAGAACGGAAAGGCCUCGUUUAUUGGAAGGAUGCAGUUAUCUGACAGAAUGCUUUUCAGACCGAAGGUAAUGCAGAUAUGUUGGCUGUUGUUGACCACAACGUCUCCAGCUCACUCGUGUUUUCGCACGUUGGCCUCCCCCCCCUCCUUUGUCAUCUGAUCAGACCUUGGUUUUCCCUACCGUGAUCGAAAGAGCACCGUCAUAAAGAAUGUGGUGCAGAAGUGAUAUUGAAGAUGGAUGCGAAUCUAAUAAAACAGAUGACUGCAGUUCCAGUACCACCCAUCUGUAUUCCCAGCCACUCUGGCAGCAUCAGUUGGGCCAGGAUGAUAAUGGCAUUCCCAUUGUCCAUGUCAGGCCAUCUUUAUCAUACUCACCUAGAAAAACAUUUUUGCCCGGUUCACCCCACAGCACACUUCACUGGAACUGGCCUUGCCAGCAGCCUAUGCCAGCCACAUCGCCUCUGGGUACACAAAGCUGUCUAGACACAAAGGACCGUCAGUCCAUCCGGAGGUGGUCCUCUCUUUCCAAGUUGUCAUUAGGAACUGAUAAGUGCUCCGCCAGUGCAGCAGGAUAUCAAUACAACCCUGCUGCACAAGGUUCCCUAGAUAGAGUUCUAGAAUACAGGUACAGAAAGGUACGCCGAGUCUCAGAUGUGGACCUUUAUUUACCUUUACCUUCCCCUGUGAUGUGCAGUAGCUUUCUCCAGCACUCACCAUGUGCCAGCCCUGGUUACCUGUACAGUGCUCACAGUAUUUCCACUGGUUUGGAGACAGACAUGACCAUUUUCUCACCUCUGUCUUCACCAGUGAAACAAAAAAGUUUGGACAUCAACUAUAGUACUUUACCAGAUGCUAACCUGGCAUGUGGCGGUGGGCAGGCUUGUGGUCUCAGCUCAUACUGCCAAGCAGAUUCACCACUUGGUCAUCAGGGUAAUAGAGCCUCCCCAGUUCAAUCUGAAGCUCACACCCAGAUGUGGCUGACUGAGCAGAUGGAGGACAGGCCCAAAGGAAAGUGUGGCGGUGAACUUGGCCAGAUCAGUGAUACUGGAACAGAGGGCUGUGGUGGAGAUGAACUGUCACCGUGGCAACAGAGACAUCAACAUGAACCAGGGCUUAAACAGAUGCUGAAGGGACUCCCCUGCCAGUCAACAUUCUGGUGAAGGUUAACGAAGGUCUACUGAGAAAAGAGAGCAAGAUAUAGAUAGACAAAAGCUGCAGAUCUUGCAGCUGCAUGCCCAGAUCAGAGAGAAUGAACAGAGAAUACAUCAGGUCCUGAAGCGCCAGAGUGGGUUGUUUGGUGGCUCUUAUAUCCCAAAUAUCCAGGACUCAGCAAUGAGAACUUCAUGCAAACAGCCAUCUCAACAGUUGUGUUGUGAUGAAGAACUUGAUAAGAAAUUAGCUGUGGCUGAACUUGAAGUAAUCCAUUUGAGCAAGGUCUUCAAGCAAAUCACUCAAAAAUACACAGAGGACAUUAGAAAACUGGAGGAAAGGAUAAAGACGAGAGAUCGUUACAUCAGUAGUCUAAAAAAGAAGUUUCAGCGAGAGAGCAACCAAAAUCAGGAAAACCAGCAACGCAUAGAAACACUGGAGAAAUACCUUUCUGACCUGCCAACACUAGAUGAAGUGCAUGUCCAGGCAAAGAGGCAGGAGGAGGUUCAGCAGAAAUCCAAGGAACUAGAAAAAAUUGCAUCUCAGUUACAGAAGAGUCUGGAGAAAGGAUGUGCGUUGAUGAAGGAUAAAGACAUCAACAUGAAGAUGCAGGCCAAGAGAGAAAAGGAACUGAUUGCAUCUGUACAUAGUCUACAGCAAAAGGUCCAGCAGUGUUUGGAUGAUGGGGUGAGGCUGGCUAUGCAAGACUUGAAGUGGCUUGAGUUGGAAAACAUUCAGCUUCUGGAGAAGCAAGAUCACAGCAGCAAGCUGUUGAAGCAUCAACGAGAACAGAUUGAGAGACUGACCUCACAACUACUGGCCACCAGUACAAGACUGCAGAAGAAAAGAGGCCUUUUUUGUCAACAACAUUCAUACCUUCCAGAAAAGGGAAAGAGCUUGAACACACCAUCUACAGCCUUCCCUCAGCAGCAGACAAUCGAUGAAGGGUUGCUGGUGCCUCCUCUAUCCCAUAUGGAAAUGCCAGAAGUGGGCCAGCUACUGAAAGAGUUGUCACUUUGUCUACUGGAUCUCCAGGGUCUCUGCAGCAUCCUCGCUCAGAGAGCACAAGGGAAGGAGCCCAACCUGUCUUUGCUUCUGGGAAUGAAAUCAUUAAGUGUGUCAGCAGAGGAGAAUGACUGCAAAGUGGUGGCAGUGGAAGACGAACUAAGGUUAAAGCUGCUAGAAGUUGGAAAGCUGAGGAGAGACAUUGAUGCACUGAGGAAGAACAUCUCCGACUGCUAUGAACAGUUUAUGUGUGACUGCAUCUCCCAGUGACAGCCAGUACCCCUCCACCUUCUAUAUACACUUACCAGAGGAAGCAUGUAAAAUUAUAGUUGUACAAGUAAUCACCCUGUCCCGUUGGAGCUGAGAAAUGAACUGUACUUUCACACAGCCUUGUUACAAAAGAAUGUCUUUUUUUUGUUGUUGUUUUUUUGGUUUUUUUUAACCAUCAUUAUUGCUAAGCCUGCAUGUAAUCAUAGGUAAGAUUUAAUAGUAAGUGCUUAGAUUGAAAUUAAAUUAACUGAGAAAUUCAGAUGAGCUGGGUUUUGUUUUUUGGUGCACACAAAGAAGAGAAAAUUACUUAAUAUGUUUAAAACAUCUUCUUAGGCUUGAUUAAAUUAAGCCUACUACUUUAAAAAAAAUGAGAGAAGAUGAAUUAAGCUCCAAAAGUGAAUAAUUUCCUUCAGUCUUUUGCACUAACUUUUCAUAAACUACAUGUAACCAUUCUGCAACAGGGCAAAUGUGGUUUGAACCAUUAUGGUGUGGAUUUUAUUAUUAUGCUUUCAAUAUGAGGCACUUGACACACUGGGCACUUCCUCCUGAAAAAGCUUCUGCCUUGUAUCAAAUGUAUUAAAUUCUUCUCCUCAUUAUCAUC